UUCCUACCAGAUCAUAUUUCCUUUAAACAUACUGAGUAUUUACGCGGAGAGAUCAGUAAAAAAGGUGGUGGGCCUUUACAACAAGAUACUGACAUUGAAAGAGGUGUUGGAACUCGUGCAGGUUAUCAGAUGUCUAAUCCCAAGCUGUCUAGUUCAGUAGGCUGGAAAAGAAUGGUAUGUGUUACAUUACCAUCAGUCAACGUGUGUCUACAUUUAUGAGCAGGGCAAUGGAUUCCAUCUCCAUCAUGAGGAAUGUGAAAGAUGCCAGUGAGACCUUCUUACCUAAUGGAAUGAGUGGCUUUAAGGAAGCAUCCAAGGCUACCAUCGGGAUUUUAGGAAGUGGAGAUUUUGCAAAAUCACUGGCAAUCAGAUUUAUCCGAUCUGGGUACGCUGUUGUAAUAGGGAGCAGGAACCCCAAACGAGCUGUUGGCUUCUUCCCUCCUCUCGUUGAAAUUGUGCACCAGGAGGAUGCUGUUAUGAAAACCAAUCUCAUAUUUGUUGCUAUGCAUCGAGAGCACUAUACUUCCUUGUGGGACCUCAAGCACUUACUGGUAGGCAAAAUCCUCGUGGAUGUGAGUAACAAUGUGCGAAUAAACCAAUACCCAGAAGCCAACGCAGAGUACCUCGCUUCACUAUUCCCAAAUUCCACGGUGGUAAAAGGCUUUAAUGUAAUAUCUGCCUGGGCACUGCAGUUUGGUCCAAAAGAUGCAAACCGACAGAUAUACAUUUGCAGCAAUGUGGUGGAAGCCCGACAGCAGAUCAUUGAACUUGCUCGGCAGCUGGACUUUAUUCCAAUUGAUAUGGGAACAUUGGCUUCAGCAAAAGAGAUAGAAAACAUGCCCCUGCAUCUCUUUACCCUCUGGAAAGGCCCUGUGCUUGUGGCAAUCGGCUUAUCCAUAUUCUUCUAUAUAUAUUCAUUCAUCCGAGACAUUGUUCACCCCUAUGUGAAGAACAAGCAGAGUGACUUCUAUAAAAUUCCAAUUGAAAUUGUGAACAAGACCUUGCCUGUAGUUGCAAUUACCCUCCUCUCACUUGUAUACUUGGCAGGAUUGCUGGCAUCUGCUUUCCAGCUGAAUUCUGGAACUAAAUAUCGUCGUUUUCCCACCUGGCUUGAACAUUGGCUGCAGUGUCGCAAGCAGUUGGGGCUUUUGAGUUUCUUUUUUGCCUCAGUUCACACCAUCUACAGUCUCUGCCUUCCAAUGCGUCGAUCAGAACGUUACUUCUUCCUCAAUUUGGCUUAUCAGCAGGUUCAUAUCAACAUUGAAAAUUCUUGGAAUGAAGAGGAGGUAUGGAGAAUGGAAAUGUAUAUCUCCUUUGGAAUUAUGAGUCUGGGUCUACUCUCAUUGCUAGCAGUUACGUCUAUCCCUUCAGUCAGCAGUUCACUGAAUUGGAGGGAGUUCAACUUUAUUCAUUCUACACUUGGUUAUGUGGCCCUUCUUAUCAGCACCUUCCAUGUUCUGAUUUAUGGAUGGAAACGAGCCUUUGAGGAGCAGUACUACAGAUUUUACACACCGCCAAACUUUAUACUAGCUCUUAUUCUGCCUUUCACAGUCAUCAUUGGGAAACUUAUUUUGUUGUUUCCAUGUAUCAAUAGAAGACUGAGGAAAAUACGUAAGGGUUGGGAAAAGAGCCAACUCACAAAUGAUACUUCAACAAUACUUCUUCAAGCAUCUCCAGAAAGAGUAACUGUUAUGUGAUAUUUUGCCAAAAAUUUAUUCUAUUUAAAGCCAUUCAACUUCAUGAAAUUAUGACCUCUAUGUUAAAUUUGUUUAAUUAUACUGUAAAUUAUGGACAAAUCAUGUUUGGAACUUCAUCUCUGUUUCUUUCCCUGCUGUCUAAUGAUGGAUUCUGUAUUAAUUGUAGACUAGUCAAUAGUUUGUGAGAAUUUACAGUUUAUCUCAGAAGAUGAACUCAGAUUGUAAGUAGGAGGAUAUGAUUCAGUUGUUUGUUUUUAUGCCACGUUUUAAACUAAGUACAUUAAAUGAGUUCAGUAUUAAAAUAGUAAAGUGCAGUGAUUAGCAAUGGUAAACAUUUUAGUAAUAUGAUGUCUACACACUAUUGGAAGAAUCUGUUAAAUAUUUUUAUUCCUAUUCUGUUGUUUUCCUGGGAAAAAAAUUGAUUAACCUCACCUGUUCCUAGCAUUGCCAGGAAUGUUCUUUAUAAUCAUUACUCCAAGCAUCAUGCUAUCCUAAGAUGUACUUUCUGUAUAAUAACAUGGAAAUUAAGUUUAUUUAAUAAUUUAAUGUUGCUAAGGAAAUGGAUAUUGCUCACCAAAGGUCCAAGACAUAAUUAUAUUAUUGUACCAUACAGUUAGAUGCGAAACAUGGUUGACGACUUAGUCUGUACUGGAUUUUGUUUUUCUAAAAUUCUGCUUCUGGUAAUUUAGGAUGAGCAUUUCAUUAAAUUUCCAUUCUGUUACUUGUGGAUAAGUUGUGUUUAUUAGACAUAGCUCCUUAACUUUGAAAUUACUUUAAAAUGUGAUAAUAAUUGAAAGGUUAACUGUUUCAUAGGACAAAAUAACAUUAAUGCAACUGAUAUGACAAUGAAGUAACUCUAGUGUUCAUUUCAUGUUUCAUUUUUGUUUAGGAAUUUAAAAUGUUCCUUUCAAUAGAAUAAGAAUCCAGAACAAUGAAAAUAGGAUUUGCAAGAGUACAUCACUAUUAAAUGAUAGCGGUUUAGUGUAAAAAUGUAGUUCAGAUUUUCAAAGGAGUUGUUAUUCACCAUGGAUUAAAUGAUAUAUCACUGCAUUAACACAUAGAUGCAGCACAGCUUUUGGCACAACAGUAAGUAAUGUGCAGUGCAGUGUUCAUAAUUAUCCUGUAGCUAUUUAUGUCAAGGUUUAGCAUGCUAUGUAUGUGUUAGUUUUAUUAUUUUUCAUUAAACACAUCAACGUUCUAA